AUCGUCGCUCUCAUUUGCGCACCAAUGUCACGGAAACAAUACACAGCAUUCGAUUUUCCUUCUCUUGUAUCUAUGUGCAUGAGUGUGUGUCCGUAUCUGUAUGGCAUUGAGCGUGUGUUCAGCAAAUUUGUAUAUCCAAUAUAAUAUUUGGCGAGCCAAAAGAAUUCUAUUUUCUCCUCAUAACAUUUUUAAGGUUAUGGGUGUGUGUUUGCGAUACAUUUUUUAAAAUCAAUAAUGGCGAGCGUAAAAGACACAACUUUCAUACCAAAUAUGCCAUCCGGUCCACUUGAUGAGUAUCGUAAACGGGCCAAAUUUGAUUGGAAGCAAUUACGUUUAAUUUUUGAAGAUGAAAAUUUGCUGCGAAUUAAGUACAAAACAUGGAAUAAAAUGGAAAACGAUCCACUGUUUGCGAAGCCGAAGCAUACACCUUCGGCUGAUGAGCAAAAAUAUCGAGCUGCUAUGCAAAUGAAUGCAACGAAUCUACUGAAAUUGGCACCACCCGAUGUUGAGAGCAUGAGUCAUCGUCAAAAGACACGGUAUUUGAUGAGCAUUAACGAGGCGCUUCGUUCAGUUUGUCCGAGUCUAUCGGUGAAAAUCGCCCUUGGUGUUGGCCUAUUCAACAAUGCAUUACUCGCUAUGGGAACAGAACGGCACAACAAAUACUAUGAGGCCGCAUGGAAAGGAGAAAUUAUCACCUGUUUGGCGAUAACUGAAGUAUCGCAUGGCAGCAACACAAAACGAAUUCGAACCACCGCUCGAUAUGAUGAAAAAACACAAGAAUUCAUCAUUCACACGCCCGAUUUUGAGGCAGCCAAGUGUUGGGUGGGGAAUCUGGGCAAAACGGCCACAAUCGCACUUACGUUUGCCAUUUUGUACACAGCCGACGGCAAAAAUCAUGGCCUGCACGGAUUCUUAAUUCCAAUCAGGGACCCCAACACACUUAUACCAUAUCCAGGUGUUUUAGUCGGCGAUAUCGGCGAGAAAAUCGGAUUGAAUGGCAUUGAUAAUGGAUUUGUAAUGUUCAACAAUUAUCGCAUUCCACGAGAAAAUCUUCUCAAUAAAACUGGUGAUGUAACACCCGAUGGCCAAUAUGAAAGUGUGUUCAGUGAACCAACAAAGAUUCUGGGAGCUGCGCUCGAAUCAUUCUCAGCCGGACGUAUUGGUAUCAUGCAAGAAUCAUCGAAUACAUUGGCCGAUGCCAUUGUCAUAGCCGUUCGAUAUGCAGCUGUUCGAAAACAAUUUGGACAAGACAUUGAUGGACCCGAAAUGCCAAUCAUUGAAUAUCAGUUACAUCAAUGGCGUCUAUUCCCAUAUUUGGCAGCUGCUUGCGUGUUAAAAAUAUCAGUGACAACUCUAACCGAUGUAUAUUUAGCCGUAGUCGAGAAAUCAAGGGCGAAUAGCAACGGCUUUGAACAAUUGACAAAAGAAGUGUCAGAGAUUCAUGCACUGAUAUCAAGUUCAAAGGCGUUGUUAACAUGGACAGCCAGAGAUGCUAUACAAGAAGCACGUGAGGCUUGCGGUGGUUAUGGUUACCACAAAGCUGCCAAUUUGGGUGAGCUACGAAAUAAUCACGAUGCAUGUUGUACAUAUGAGGGUGACAACAAUGUAUUGGGUCAACAAACGUCGAAUUGGCUUGUUCGACAAUGGGAAAAUGGUGUUGAGAAUCCGUCGGGAACGGCUGAAUUCAUCGAUCGAUGGAGUGUCAUCAAGACAUACACGUUCGAGCAAAUUCGAGACAAAAAUUCCCUAAACAGUAUUGAAUUUUUCAUAGAUUGCUAUCAAUGGCUUAUGUGUUAUCUUAUGGAUUCAACGUCUAAGCACAUGCAACAAUCGACCGCAAAUGGAUCGAGUCGAUUUGAUGCACGUAAUAAUGCACAGGUGUUUCGUGCUCGUGAUUUAACUCGCACAUAUUCUGAGUAUUAUGCGUUGAAAAGUUUCCAAGAACGCUUAACACUUCCAGAUGUAACCAGCACACUACGGCCCAUCUUGGAAUUGGUGUGUCAACUUUAUGGUUUUUGGUGUUUGGAGAAACACUUGGCAACAUUCUAUCAAGGAUGCUUCGCAUCAUCCACAGCACAAAACUCAUUUGGCGACAUUGUACGAACCGAAUUAUUGCGUCUUUGUGGCGAAUUGAAAGACAGUUCUGUUGCUGUUGUUGAUGCGCUGGCACCACCUGACUUUGCAUUGAAUUCGAUUAUCGGAAAGUCCGAUGGAUUGCUAUAUGAAAAUCUGCAGAAUGAAUUCAUGACAAAUCCAGGCGCAAUGGAACGAGCUUCUUGGUGGAGAGAUGUGCGUCUACCAAUCGCCAAAUCGAAACUAUAAAAACUAUAAAUUUAAAAUUUAAACAAUCGCAACAAUAAGAAUGAGAUAUUAUUUGGAUUUUAUAUGAGAGAAAAGCACAUUUCCACUGUCAAUUGUAUUUAUCCCUUUUCCAUUUUUUUGGAUCAUUGACUGGUAGUUAUGAGAAGGCUCAAUUUAUACAAUUUUGACACAUUUUUUUUGUUUUAAUUUUUUUUGUUUUUGAAAAUUUCAUCAAAUGCCACCAGUCGCAUUUCAGUCAACAAUAUAGAUGUACUUUAUAUACAAUACAUAAAGAUACAUUGAUAUUAUUAUUUUUUCAUCUACGUAUUUUUUUCCAAAAUUUUAUCUGAAUCUAUUUUUUAUGUGAAAAAAGGGGAUGAAAGUAUACACCGCGAAUCAAAUGAAUAUAUUUAUUGUUCAGAAAUCCAAUAUCGUUGAAUGUACAAAAAGCUGUUUAGAAAUUUUUUCUUAUUUAUGAAUGUGCCUGAAUUGUCCUUUAAAAAGAUCAAAUCAUUUGAAUUAAAUAAACAUUGAAAUAGAAAACAACAA